CAUAACGGAAGAAAAACAACAUUACCGCCUCCGAAUAAGCUGUUGUUGGUUCACACGGCGGAAACAGUCAAAACGCCCCCCUAACUUCAGGCGGUGCAGGUGCAGUUUGGUGUUAGUGCGACAUUAGCAUUAGCAACACUUUAAUUCUGUCAAAUUGGUGGCAAUAAUAAUCAUGGAAGCUAAGUUAAAGAAAGAGUUGGGGACAGCCAUGCUGAAGUCAACGGGUCACUCAGGAGGUGGAUGUAUCAGCGAGGGACAGACUUAUGAUACUGACAAUGGGAGAGUGUUUGUGAAGAUCAAUCACAAGAAAGAGGCCAAAUUGAUGUUUGAUGGGGAGAUGGCCAGUUUGGAAGCGAUUUUAAAGACAGAAACGGUUAAAGUCCCCAAGCCUGAGAAGGUGAUUGAGCUUGACACAGGAGGAAGUGUAUUUGUGAUGGAACAUCUGGACAUGAGAGGUCUCACCAAGUACUCAAAGCACCUAGGGGAGCAGCUGGCAAAUCUGCAUGUUCACAACAAGAGACAGUUGGAAAAAUUAAAUAAAGAGCAGCAGACAGUGGGAAAAGGAGCUGGUCAAACGGAGGUUGCUGUGGUGGAACAAUUUGGCUUCAGUUUACCUACAUGCUGUGGAUAUCUACCGCAGGAAAAUGGGUGGCAGGAUGACUGGGUGAUGUUUUACUCCCAGCAAAGGCUGCAACACCAGCUUAACAUGGUGGAGAAAUCCUAUGGAGACCGGCAGGCCAGUGAACUAUGGGCCAAGCUACAGCUGAAGAUCCCUCAGUUUUUUACAGAUGUGCAGAUUGUCCCUGCUCUCCUUCAUGGAGACUUAUGGGGAGGCAACGUGGCACAGUGUGCAGAAGGCCCAGUCAUCUUCGACCCAGCCUCCUUCUAUGGUCAUUCAGAAUAUGAGCUGGGUAUUGCAGGGAUGUUUGGUGGCUUUGACAGCUCUUUUUACUCUGCUUACCAUGAAAAGAUUGCUAAAGCACCAGGUUUUGCAAAGAGAAACCAGCUUUACCAACUCUUCCACUAUCUGAAUCACUGGAACCACUUUGGUGGGGGCUACAGAGGGUCUUCAAUAAGUAUUAUGAAGGACCUUCUUAAAUAACUGCACUAACAAUGACUUUAGUGUUAAACUCACACUAUAGCAUUAUCUACACUGCAUUUUGACAGAUACUAAUUUUAAGAGAACUUGUAUGGUUAAUUGUUGAGACUAAACGUUAUAUUUUAACAGUGUAACUUAUAUUGUGUAGAUUAUACUGAACCACCAAGGUGACAAACAGAAUUUAUAUCUUCUAAUUACUAUCUUGCAUUGUGAUUUUGAACAAAAAUAUACUGUACACUUUAAAGUAAAAAGGCACGCUACGAGUAAAGGGUAUUUAAGCUCGUUUUUGAGUUAUAAAGCUAAAUGCCAAGAAGUUUCAAGUUUGUCCAAAGCUGUAUAUACUUCCUUGGUCUGCUGCUAACCUUUUCUUAAUUAUUCUUGAAUUAUUAGUAUUAUUUAACAUUGCCUGCAUACGACCAGCAUCCAAUUGAAUGUAUCAUAUUCCCAGUGUAUGCAAUGCUUUAUACUUUGUUAAGAUCAUUAUACUCUGACUGUUGAUACCAUGCAGACUGAAGCAUACAGUAGAAAAUCUUGCAAUAUUAUAUAUCCACUGCUAAACCAAGAGUUAAUCCUUGGAAAACCAAAGGCUUUACACUAAACUGCUGUAUUUGUUAUCUACCUGAUAUAUAAAGGUAUUACAUUUGACUGUGAUACAUUCCUUAGUCAUUGUCAUAAUGAACUUUCAUGUCAUACUGGCUGUUUACGUUGCAACCAGAAUCAACUAUGUCUCCACUCCCAGGGUGUUUCACUGUUUUGUCUUGUCUCCUAGCAAAUGCACCUUAUUAACAGAAACAUUCACACUGAACCAGACAUAAUCAAUAAAGUAUGAAAAAUAAAAUCUAAGAUAUCGACACAUGAAA